CUGGUAUGCAAGAUCAACACUGAGAACUCCAACAACAAUAGCAGCUCUCUGAUAUCUCUGAGGGAGUGUUCUACUGUCCAUGACUUGUAAUGGAUGCUCCAGUUGAACCAUCACCUCGUUGGAGUCAAUUCUCUGCGGUUGACGGACACCAUUACUUGUGGAGGGGGGUUAGUCCAGGACCGAGGGGGUCUAACAUCAUUGCUGUGUAUGAUCCAAGCACUGAGCUGUGGAGCCUCUUUCCCACCACUGGACCUCUACCCCCUGGAGAGAAUGGUGGUUGUUCUGUUUGUGUAGGUCGUUGCCUGUACACCUUUGGUGGUAAGGAUGAGUCUUCUUACUUCAAUGACAUGAGCAAGCUUGAUCUGGACACUCUCCAGUGGACCAAAGUUCAAACCUCUGGUAGUCAGCCUAUGAAAAAGGCUUGCUGUGGACUUGUCCGUGUGAAUGAGAGAACUCUGUGCUGCUUUGGAGGAUUCGGUAUUGAGGGCACCACACAACCAGGAUCAACAUUCACCAAGACUGGUGGAUACACAAACGAGUUCCAUUUCUUUGACACGCAGAAUGGUGUCUGGUCGUCCCCUGAGCUCAGAGGAGAGAUACCUCCUCCCUGUAGUGACUUCACCUUCACCAUGGUGGACCAGCACAGGGCAGUCCUCUUUGGAGGGUACCAACCUGGCCGUGGUGAGGUUAAUGAAAUCUACAUUUUUGAUUUCCAGACCAUGGAGGUCACUAAGGUGAAGCCAGUACAGGGAGAGCCAUGGCCAGUGGAGAGGUCAUUCCAUGCUGCCUGUUGUCUCAACUAUGGCCAUGACCACCCUCAACUACUGGUGUACGGAGGAGUGGAUGAUGGCAACAAGACACUGGGAGACAUGUGGAUACUGGAUGUAGACACUGUCCAGUGGUCAGAGGUGACACUUCCUGAGUCAAUGACACCACGUUUCUACCACUCCAUCACUGCCACCAGUCUGGGACCAGGACUCACUGAGGUCCUCGUGUUUGGAGGCAGUGUGCAGUGGCCACUAUAUACACUAUAUACACCUGUUUCUGAGACUACCAUUCUGAGAUUUGAGUUGACUGGACCCUCAGCGUCUGUUGCUGGACCCUCGGCUGGGAAGUGGGCUCUCGUGGAUGUGGCCCACAACGACACUAGAGGCUCCGCCCAGCGACUGAGUGAGAAGAGGAUCAGACAAGCAACUGCUCGUGCCUCAUCAGUCAGUGAGACCAGCGAUCACUCCUCUCAAGACCGGGUGAGGGCUCUGGAACAACAGUUACAAGCAGCAGAGCAGAGAGAGCACGACACUCAACGUCACCACCAACUACAGUUGCAAGAGAAGGAUCAUGAAUUAACUGAGGCCAACCGUCGUCAUGGAGAUGCAGAAAGACAACUCAGAGAAGCUCAACAAAUUUUCCAAGAAGAAUUGGCCGAGGCCAACCGUCGCCUUAGAGAUGCCGAGGAAAGAGCACAACUGGCAGAGCAAAGAGAGCAAGCUACUCAAAAUCGCUUUGAACUAUUGUUGCAAGAAAAAGAUGGGAUAAUGGCGAUAAAAGAACGAGAAUCAUACGAGGCCAACCAUCGUCGUGUUGAUGCUGAGAGAAGAGUCCAGGAACUGAUUGCUGAAAAUGAACGACUUCAAGAAGACCUCCAAAGGUCAGACAGGAGAGUCCAGCUGGCAGAGGAGCGAGCAGAGGGUCUGGAGACUCAGUGGGUGGUCCAUCGCGAGGAGAUCACAAUGACAGAGAGACAGCUUGGUGGGGGAGGAUGGGGGGUCGUCAAAGUAGCCAAGUUCCGAGGAAUCGAGGUGGCAGCCAAGACACUGUACGAGCAGCUCAGAUCCGACUAUUACCGACACGUGUUUAUUCGUGAGAUGAACAUGGCGGCUCGUCUGCGACACCCACACCUGGUCCAGUUCAUAGGAGCCACGCUGGAGGGGGAGAUGAUCAUCCUGACAGAGCUCAUGGCCACCAGUCUGAGGAGGGUGCUGGAGGGAGGUCGUAUCUCACGUGAACACAUCCUCUCCAUCUCUGUGCAGGUCUGUCAAGCCCUCAACUAUCUCCACCUCAUGCAGCCAGACCCAGUGAUCCAUCGUGACAUCAGCAGUGCAAACAUCCUCCUCAAUCCUCUACCCAAUGGCCGCUGGAGGGCAAAGGUCACCGACUAUGGCUCUGUGAACACACAGCGAAUGUUAAACACGAUGAAUCCGGGGAGUCCUGUAUACGCUGCCCCUGAGGCCGGUAACCCGUCCCUCCAGUCAACCAAGAUGGACAUGUUCAGUCUGGGGGUGCUCCUGAUCGAGAUGUGUUCUGGCCAGUUUCCGAGUGAUGACGGACGUGAGCGCUUACUCCUCACCAUCCAAGACCGUCAGUUCUCUGACAUCAUCAGUCGCUGUAUCCAUAGAGACAGAGACAAUCGACCAACCGCUCGACAACUGUUGAAUGAACUACGAGAUAGAUAAAACUAAAUCAUUGUUGUAGCGUUAAUUAUGCUUAUUUUGUGCUUUUUCUAUUUUCAUUUGUACAAUUAUUGAACAUGUGUACAGUUGUGAUUGAUUGA